UCUUUAUAAGUAACCAUAAUACAAAUCAUUAAUCUUCAAUAUUCUUUUUAAUCAACUAUAUAUAUCCACAAUUUAUUUUUAUAAUUACUACAUGAACGCAAGCUUAUUACUAUACUAAAAAUGGCUCAUCAUCAUGAAAUCACCACUGGUCAAACCAAAACCCUAGCAUCAUCAUCUUCUACUUCAAGUGGUAAUAAUGAUGAUAACAAGAAGAAGAUGUACAGAGGUGUGAGAAAGAGGAAGUGGGGAAAAUGGGUGUCGGAAAUUCGGCUACCAAAUAGCCGCGAAAGAAUAUGGUUAGGAUCAUAUGAUUCACCUGAGAAAGCAGCAAGAGCGUUCGACGCUGCACUUUACUGUCUCCGUGGUCGUCGUGCAAGUUUUAACUUCCCUGAUACACCUUUUCAUUUCGAUAUCACCGCAGUUUCUAAGGAUCCAGAUCAGAUUCGAGAGAUUGCUGCUAAUUUUGGCAACAGAAAUCCACCAAUUGUUAUUGACAGUACUAAUAAUAAUAAUGGAAAUGAUCAAUCCAAAACUGUGACUGAAAUUAUUGGCUCUUCGACUUCUACUACCAGUACUAGUGCUAUGCAUGAUAGUGGGAACACUAUUGACUGGACAUUUUUGAACGUGUUAGAAAAUGGUUCAAGUAAUGAUGCUACUGAAACUUAUGGUGAUUUCUAUUCCGACUUAGAAAAGAUGCAUUCCUUUGAGUUGUUGUAUUACACUUCACCACCACUUUUUGAGGAAGAUUAUUAUCAGAAGGAAUUAGUAGAAGAUGAUAGCAAUGACCCUUUUUCUCAUGAAUCAUUCCUUUGGAGCUGGAACUUCUGAAUCUUCGUUCUCCUGUAAUUUCCAGACUUUCAUGGAUUUUUUGCUACAUAUAAUAUAGAGUUGUUUUGCAUAAAGUUUAAAAUUGGUCAAAUUAAAUUAUAAUUAAAUAAAAAUUUAUUAUUUUUUAUUAA